GAAAACAAGCUGUUAAAUAAAAUUAUUUCCUUACUCCAUACUCUGUGGCUAACAAAUUUAGGAUGCAAGAGAGAAAGCAAGAAUCAAUCCCAGGAGAACAGGAAGUUUCUUCCAAUUCAGCUUGUAAAUGAAUUUCUGUAUGUUUUGAUCACAUUAAUCAAACACAUUCGGACUAAUUUAGAUCUAGCCAAACUGACUCAGUUUUUCAGUACACUCAAUUCUGUGCUGGAAUAUCGUGCUAUAGUUGUUGAGGCCUUCAAAGAAAUGAGCCGGUUCACUGUGAAUGACAGCGUUCUCUCGAACAAAGAGAUCCUGCUGCUGCUGCAUAAGUGGAGCAUCAUUGAAAAAGACCUGCAACUGCAAGAGGAUGUGCAGGCUCUUGCUCAGAAAUACGAAAUCAAAGAAUUACUUACGCCUCGCCAGCCAGACACUCGGCCAGGAUGCAGCUGUGCUGGAGGAGGGCAGACUUCGCUGCUUCAGCCUGCGCCAUUCAAAAGCAACGUCGCUGUGCUGAAUAUUAAAGAAAAGAACAAAUCUCAAGCCUCAGUUCAUGCAUAUCAUCACAUUCGGAAAAAGAAUGAGAGAGAAAGAGAAGACGACAUUGUUGCAGACCUGAAAGCCUCUGAGCUGGAGAAAUGCAGAGAUCAUCUGAAUUCCAUAUUUGCCCAUUGGGAGCCUGUUUUCCCAGCGCUGCCUACCAAACAUCGAGGGGAGCCCCUCAAAUGUGCCGACCUUGCGGAUGAAACAGUCAAUCUUACCUGUGCAUCCACUUACGUAGUAACUAAAUGGCUCGUCAAGUCCAUGGUUGAGCAUAGUCUCAAUAUGCAAAAUGUUUCAUUAACUCUGCGGUGGCUACAGAAUUGCAUCUUACCGCACCCAGUGGCAGUGCAGGAGGUGCUCAGGGAUAAGACAUUGAGAAACAACAUCUUCAAGUUUUACACCCAGAUCUGCGAGGCCAGUAGUGGGAUGGCUGGGCUGUUUAAGGAGCUCUGUUUGUUCAGUUCAAUCAUGCUUCACCUAAUGGAUGCUCAGGGCCUGACCAACAACAGCUUUCAUGAACUUGUGAAAACGUUGUGCCUGUCAGCAAUGACGGAAGAGGAUGCGAACAAGAAAGCUGUUUGUGUAUUCCUGACUUCUGUUUACAUUGGGGACAUAUGGCUUGGAGCACAGGAGCCAGAUAUGUUAAUAACCCAUGUCAAAUUGAUCUGCAGUAAUACAGAUGAUAAAUUAAACGAUGAUGACUUGGAAACUCAUAAACAAGGAGAAGAAACUAUUACGUCUCUUUGCAAAACCCUUUACUUGGCUACAUUGGGGCAUUAA